ACCGCAAUGUGAUAGUAACUUUUUGGACAAGACAAAGUUCCGUCAAAUUUAACCCGCAACUGAGAGAGAAACAGUAAGCCCCACCGGCCAUGGGGGCAGCCUUGUUAAGCAGUAGACACCUCCCAAGGUUGUCGUCGCCGUUUCCCCUUUUCCUGUUCCGGUCGGGUUUUGAGAGCCCUCUCGGGUUGGGUUCGCUAGGCGCCGAGAAGAAAGAAAACGGAAAACAGAAAGAAAAAAAAAAAUUGCAUGUGGAUGUAAAGUGGAGGUGGUUCCCCAACCGGCUUAUCUUUUUACUCUUCUAAAGGCUUUUCAGCUUCAAACCGUAAUAUUGUUGCUCAAGAAGCAGGCUUUUUCUAACCUUUUUCUUGACUCUAAACUACACAACAAGCACAAAACCAAAUUUUCCAAGCAAAGGGAGCUUCCUUUCUAACCUUUUUGGGUUUUGUACAUUAAAAAUGUGAAACCAGAGAAAGCUUUCAGGUUCCCCCUUUUUUACUCCUUGCCAACACUGGAAAAAUGUUCUUUUCUUCUUCUUCUGUUGAAUACUUUUAAUGGGGUUUCUUGUUUUUGUCUUGAUCUUGGAGAAAGAUUGAGUUUUAUGACUAAUGCAAUAAUUUAAUGCAAAAAUUCAAGUUAAAGAAUUAAAUGUUAUGAUUGUUUACGAGGUUGAAUUUGGUAUAAAUUGAUUGAUAAGGAAAGAAUUACUAAAGAUUCUCUCCCAAGUGGGCGGGUUUUGUUUUCCAGGGAGAGAGCCUCUCUCUCAUAUAUUCGUUAUUCUGUUUCUAUUUUUGAUGUUGGAUUCUAUGUUUUAGCUUUUGUUUGAUGCAGUGAAGAGGGCUGCAUUCUUCAUGGAACUUGUUUUUAGCAAAUGGGUAUUUGCAUUUUCACUCUGUUGUUGGCUAAUCUUUUAUGUAGCAUUUUCGGUGGAGGGGUUGCAUGGAGAUUCUAAAGUGAGAGGGGUGAACUUAGGAGGAUGGUUGGUUAUUGAAGGUUGGAUCAAGCCUUCUCUUUUUGAUGGCAUUCCCAAUGGGGACAUGCUUGAUGGAACACAGGUUCAAUUCAAGUCGGUGACAUUGCAGAAAUAUAUUUGUGCAGAGAAUGGAGGUGGGAUGGACGUUUCAGUUAAUAGAGAUGCUGCAUCUUCUUGGGAAACCUUUACAUUAUGGAGAGUUUCUGAAUCAGAAUUUCAGUUCCGCACCACACAAGGCCAGUUUCUAACAUGUUAUGGUACUGGAUGCUCUGUAUCUGCAACAGCAGAAUCAGCUUCCACAACUGAAACAUUUCAAAUUGAAAGAAAUAACAAUGGUCAAGUACACAUCAAAACUAAGAGUGGGACCUAUCUCCAGGCCACCAUAGGGAAUUGGCUCACGGCAGAUUAUCCAGGGACCCCAGGAUGGGAUGAUAAUGCAGCCACAUUUGAAAUGUCAAUUGUAGCUAAUAACUUGCAUGGAGAUUAUCAGCUAGCAAAUGGAUAUGGACAUAACAAGGCAAAACAGGUUCUUGAGAGGCACAGAAACACUUUUAUCAAUGUAGGAGAUUUUGAGUUUCUAUUUAGACAUGGAAUAAAUACUGUGAGGAUCCCUGUCGGCUGGUGGAUUGCUUUUGAUCCUAAUCCUCCUGCUCCAUUCAUUGGGGGAACUCUAGAAGCUCUUGAUAAUGCAUUUUCAUGGGCACAAGCCUAUAACAUUAAGUGCAUAAUUGACCUUCAUGCUGCCCCUGGCUCCCAAAAUGGGAUGGAACAUAGUGCUAGUCAAGAUGGCACAACAGGCUGGCCUACAUCUUCAGAUUACAUUUCACGGACUUUGCAUGUUAUAGAUUUUCUAGCUUCCAGGUAUGCAAAACAUCCUGUCUUGCUGGGAAUAGAGCUAUUAAAUGAACCAUCUGCUGCGUCAGUUCCACUGGAUACAUUAGUUUCAUAUUACAAACAGGGCUAUGAAAUUGUGCGGAAACACUCACCAUCAGCUUAUGUGGUAAUAUGCCAAAGAAUUGGCAAUGCAGAUCCACUGGAACUUUAUCAGGCUGAUAUAGGCUCCCACAACAUAGUGGUGGAUUUGCAUUACUAUAAUCUCUUCGAUACUUUCUUUGUUAACAAGAGUGCUAUAGAUAAUAUCCAAUUCAUAUACCAGAGCAGGGAGGCUCAACUACAAGCUUUGAAUGGUGCAAAUGGUCCACUUGUUUUUAUUGGUGAGUGGGUAAAUGAGUGGAACGUUACAAGUGGGUCUCAAUCAGACUAUCAAGACUUUGGAAGAGCCCAGUUAGAGGUGUAUGAUGCCGCUUCCUUUGGUUGGGCUUAUUGGACACUCAAGAAUGACAGAAAGCACUGGGAUUUUGAAUGGAGCAUUGGGAACAAUUAUCUCCAAUUAAGUAAUUCACAGAAAGAGAAAAUUUUCAACAGCCUUACAUGGCUUUUACUUGCGUCGGUCUGGUUCCAUCUGUGUCAAAUAUUUUGAACAAUGGAGUUCCUUGAGACCCAGAUAUGAAGAGGAUGAUCAAGUGCGGCUUUUUCUUUUCUUUUUCCCCAUUUUGAAGGUCUUUGCUACGCCACCAUUACAUUCAUCUCUUCUGUAAAACACCCAUUACAUUGAUUUUGGCAAAUAUGCAAGCACAAUAACAUUGGUAGAGCAGAGAAUAUCCAAAAAAAAAAAUGUGGUCAAUCCUGUCAAAACAAUGGCAAUGUAUGUACUCUCUCGAUAAUGUACAAGGAAAAAUUUGUUCCUACUUUA